GUAGGAUUAAAGCCAGAGUUUUGGCAGAUAAAGAUGAAUAACGAGACUAAUACUGUAUAUACAUCAACUACAAAUGAUGGUAUUUAUCGAUGGUAUGGAUUUUCUGGUACGUCCGAGCUAGGAUGUGGUGGUAAAGUAUUGGGCCGUCUGCCUGGUGGGUGCUCAAAUUUAGGGCUGUAUGGGGAAAGGAUACAAUGUAUUAGAUGGUGUAGCACUUGGAUGCAUGAUGACCAUUCAUGUAAUGUAAUGGGGCAAGGUUGACACUCUGAGAUGAUACCCAAGAGCUGAUCAACCUGGAUAUAUGGG